AUGCAUCUACGGACAUUCAUCCUCGCCGCCCUCGCACUGCCGCUAGCGGCUGUCGCUGAGGAAUUGUCGACGGCUACUUCAACGAGCAUUUUGACGCUCACCAAGACUGUGACUCUGCAGCGCGUUGAAGUGACUACGUCCAGCAGCUCGAGCUCGAGCGUCGCCAGCUCUGCUUCCAGUACCGUCAGGUUACCGACGAGCUCUACUACCUCAUCUGUCGCGGCCGCCUCUACCUCAGCCGACCCGAACGCUGCGCCAGCACUUGGAGCCGGCCAAGUUGGCGUCGUCGCUGUGGCCGGUCUUGUUGCCGCUGCCCUCCUUUAA